AACAAAAACAAAAGAAGAUUAAAAGAGCAGCUAUGAGUAGGAUGAGAUCCUCAAGAAUGAUGGGGCUUGGUCAUUGUUUGGUUUAUGUUCUGGUCUUCAGUGCUAUCGCGGCUAAAGUGACAGCAUACGACUCAUCCCCUUCAACACCACAAUACAACUCCCCUUAUCCACCCAAAAGGUAUUCUCCUUAUCCUUCGGAAUCACCACCACCUCCACCACCACAAUAUAGAAGGCAAGACCCUAAGUACACACCAAUUCCACAGUCAAAUGUCUACAGUUCCCCAACACCUCUACCAUACUACUCUCCUUCUCCUAAGAUAGACUACAAGUCUCCACCACCACCAUAUGUCUACAACUCUCCACCACCUCCCAUGUACUAUUCCCUAUCUCCUAAAGUAGACUACAAGUCUCCACCGCCACCAUCCGUAUACAGCUCGCCACCACCUCCACCGUACUACUCACCUUUUCCUAAGGUAGACUACAAGUCUCCACCACCACCAUACGUCUACAACUCUCCACCAUACUACUCUCCUUCUCCUAAGGUUGACUACAAGUCUCCACCACCACCAUCCGUAUACAGCUCGCCACCACCUCCACCGUACUACUCCCCUUCUCCUAAGGUAGACUACAAAUCUCCACCACCACCAUACGUAUACAGCUCGCCACCACCUCCACCGUACUACUCCCCUUCUCCAAAGUCUCCACCUCCACCAUACGUUUACAACUCCCCAACACCUCCACCAUACUACUCUCCUUCACCAAAGGUAGACUAUAAGUCUCCACCACAACCAUACGUAUACAAUUCACCACCACCACUAUACGUUUACAACUCCCCACCACCUCCACCAUACAACUCUCCUUCACCAAAGGUAGACUAUAAGUCUCCACCACCACCAUAUAUAUACAACUCACCUCCACCUCUAUAUGUAUACAACUCUCCACCGCCUCCACCAUGCUACUCUCCAUCUCCAAAGGUAGAUUACAAGUCCCCACCACCUCCACCAUACUACUCUCCAUCUCCAAAGGUAGACUACAAAUCUCUACCACCAUCAUACGUAUACAGCUCACCACCUUCUCCACUGUACUAAGCCCCUUCUCCUAAGGUAGAAUACAAAUCUCCACCGCCACUAUACGUUUAUAGCUCUCCACCAUCUCCACCAUACUAUUCUCCUUCGCCAAAGACAUUAUACAAGUCUCCACCACCAGCAUACAUCUACUAGACACCUUCUUAUUGA